CCCUUGAACCUGCGCAGCGAGACGACCAAUGCACGAGCGCGCCCGGCCAGGGCGCGGGAGACGACCGUGCGCGUGCCGCGUGUCACCGAUGCCGCCCCCCGGCGAAGACCCCGACGCGGCACCCUCGUGCAGCAGCUCCGACACCAGCGAGCCGCAGGACCAGCAGCGCUCGGAGCGGGCGCUCUCCAACGGAGAUCUCUACCUGGGCCAGUGGCGCGGGGGCGUGCCACACGGCGACGGCAAGUACCUGUGGGUGGAUGGCUGCAUGUACGAGGGUGAGUGGCGCCGCGGCAAGGCCACCGGACGCGGGAGGUUCUCUUGGCCGUCGGGAGCCACCUACGAGGGCGAGUUCUUGGACGGGUUCAUGCACGGCGCGGGAACCUACGUGGGCGCCGCGGGGGACAGCUACCGCGGCGCGUGGGCCAAGAACCUCGAGCACGGCGCCGGCGAGAAGCGAUACGCCAACGGCGACUGCUACGACGGCGAGUGGCGGGCGGGGCUUCCGGACGGGUGUGGCCGCUACACCUGGCGCGAUGGCACCGAGUACGCCGGCGGCUGGCGCGCGGGGCUCAUCCACGGCCGCGGCGCCCUGGUCUGGGCGAACGGCAACCGCUACGAUGGCGGCUGGGAGGGCGGCCGGCCGCGCGGACAGGGCACGUUCCGGUGGUCGGACGGCAGCCUGUACGUCGGGUUCUGGGGCCGGGAGGCCCCCGGCGGCGCCCUGCACCAGAAGGGCGUGUACUACCCAUCCCCGGGGGCGGCAGGCGAGACGAGGACGCGCGACCCGAGGGAGGUGUUCGCGAGGGAGCUGCCGGAGUGUGUGCGCUCUGGCACGGAAAGCCAGUCGGCGCUACCGUCGCUGAGGUCUCUAAAAUGGCUGGCGCGGUCGGUCAGUGGGCGCGGGAGCUCGUCGUCGGGCCGGAGCAAUCUUUCGGGUGGGAGUAAUUGGGGUUCAGAUGGAGACGUCAAGUGCGAGCUUGCUGACGACUGGAAGCGUCGUAACAGUACGAGGGAGGGUAGGGGACUGCUGCCUCUCACUUCGCCGGCGCCAGCGCCACAAGUAGCCAAGGGUGCACCACUGCGGGUGUCGAAGCGGCAGGGGGAGACCAUUGCCAAGGGGCACAAGUUCUACGAGCUCAUGCUCAACUUGCAGCUGGGCAUCAGGCAUGCAGUAGGAAGGCAAGGUCAGGUUAUACUAGAUCUGAAAUCAUCAGCUUUUGACCCAAAGGAAAAGGUAUGGACAAAAUUCCCCCCAGAAGGCUCGAAAUAUACCCCUCCACACAAUUCUAGCGAUUUCAAAUGGAAAGAUUACUGCCCAAAGGUGUUCCGGUUGGUCAUCAAUCCCAAGAUAAAGAUUUUCCUAUCUUAUGACCAUAUUAUGGUAUUGUACUCAUCAACAUAUGCACACAUUUGUUCUGAACUAAUUCACAGGACAUUGCGCAAGCUGUUCAAGGUCGAUCCAGCUGACUAUAUGCUAUCUCUGUGCGGAGAUGAUGCUCUACGUGAGCUCUCGUCCCCUGGUAAGAGUGGAAGCUUCUUUUACUUGACAAACGAUGAUCGAUACAUGAUAAAGACAAUGAAGAAAUCUGAAGUAAAGAUGCUUCUGAAGAUGCUUCAUGCUUAUUACAAUCAUGUCCGUGCAUUUGAGAAUACCCUAGUGGCAAAGUUUUUUGGUCUACACUGUGUGAAGUUGGCUGGAGCAAACCAGAAGAAGGUUCGUUUUGUCAUAAUGGGGAACCUGUUCUGCUCCGAUCACACUAUUCAUAGGAGAUUUGAUCUGAAAGGAUCAUCUCUUGGCCGGACUACUGACAAGCCACAGGCAGAGAUUGAUGAGUAUACAACUCUGAAAGAUCUUGAUCUUAAUUUUAUCUUUCGGUUGCAAAAACAAUGGUUUGAAGAGUUCCGAAGCAGGCAAGUGGACAAAGACUGUGAGUUUCUGGAGCAGGAGAAGAUUAUGGAUUACAGUCUCUUGGUGGGUGUACAUUUUAGAGGUGCCAUUGACAUCGAUGGUGACAAACCUGCCACACCCCGCGUUUCAAGAUGGGACAGGAAUCACUUUCUUUCUGAUCCAAACAGGUGGUGUAAGAUUAAACUGGGGGCGAAUAUGCUGUCAAGAGCUGAACUGACAGUCCGAAAGAACGACAGUGAUGUUAUUGGAGAGCCAACUGGGGAAUACUGUGAUGUUAUAUUGUAUUUUGGAAUAAUAGACAUACUUCAAGACUACGAUAUAGGCAAAAAGAUUGAGCAUGCAUACAAAUCUUUCCAAUAUGACUCGACAUCCAUUUCAGCGGUAGAUCCAAGACAGUACUCCAGGCGCUUUAAAGAUUUCAUAUACAAAGCAUUCCAAGAAGACAGGGUAGACAUCUAAAAGCAUAUAGACACCUUCUCCAGCAGCUGAUAUAAUUUUGAAAGCGAAGAUCAACUUUUCUGGGCCAAAGAUCAAGCUGAGCAAGCAUGUCAUGUGCAAAUUUGUACCUUGUUGGUUGCCUUCAGCAGCUUCCGUAGAAGACAUCAGGAUGAGCGAGUUGCUGGAGAACCUACUGAUUCUUUGCCUUCCAGGAAUUGGAUUAGCUUUCAUGUAAUAUAUGAGUAGCUACGUACAUAACACACGGAGUUCACUCACUAAUAUUUACAGGAGUAGAUGUAACUUACAGAUUCAAAUCACACAUAGAAGCAUGUGACCACAAGUGUACAGGCCAGUCAGGGGUUGCAAAUGCUCUUUUGCCUGAGGAUACCAAUGUCACCAUUCUUGAAAGUUAACUGUAUUGAAAGUCUGAAACCUUUGGCAUACCGAGACAAAAUUCAUUUAUUGUUGAUUUUA